AAUCACACUAUCAUCAACUUCCACAAUAUAUAUUCCUAGCUGAGGUAAAACUUAGUACGUACCAUGGCUUCUACCCUGUCCUUAGUCUUGGUCUUGGUCUUUGGAAUAUUUUUAGCUUCUCAAUUAGCUUCCUCUCGCCUUAACAACGAGGAAUCUUCCAUGCUAGAAAGACACCAGCAAUGGAUGUCUCGCCAUGGACGGAUCUACAAGGAUGAACAAGAGAAGGGCGUCCGGUUUAAGAUAUUCAAGGACAACAUGGACUAUAUCAACGUGUUCAAUUCCGGUCCGGACAAAGGAUACAAGCUGGGUGUGAACCAAUUUGCUGACCUGACCAACGAGGAGUUUCGGGCUUCUCAUACUGGUUACAAGAGGCUACAAUCACCUAGUAAAGUGAUUUCUGGCUCAGAACAAACAGCUUUUCGGUACGCAAAUGCAACUGUUGAAUCGUCUACUGUGGAUUGGCGAGAGAAAGGCGCAGUUACUCCCGUCAAGUACCAAGGCAGAAAUUGUGGAUCUUGUUGGGCGUUUUCAGCUGUGGCGGCUAUGGAAGGUAUUAACCAAAUCAAAACCGGUAAUCUAGUCUCUCUAUCCGAGCAAGAGCUGGUUGACUGCAAUGUUCAAAACCACGGUUGUAGCGGCGGGUAUCUGGUUAACGCCUUCGAAUUCAUCAGGCAAAACCAAGGUCUCACGACAGAAGACAAUUACCCUUACGUGGGACAAGACGGAACUUGCAAAACCGAGAAUUCGUACCAGCCUGCUGCCACGAUAACCGGAUAUGAAGAAGUGCCAACGAACAGCGAGCAGGCUUUGCGUCAAGCCGUGGCUUAUCAACCGGUAGCCGUUACCAUCAGUAGCGGUGGCGACUUCCAGUUCUACUCGAGUGGUGUCUACAGUAGGACAUGCGGCACGAGGCUUGACCAUACUGUUACCGUGGUUGGAUAUGGGACUACUGAUGAUGGGACUAAGUAUUGGUUGGUUAAGAAUUCGUGGGGCUCUGGAUGGGGUGAGAAUGGGUAUAUUAGGAUGGAAAGAGAUGUGGCUGCCGAGGAAGGCCUCUGUGGGAUUGCUAUGGAAGCUUCUUACCCAACUAUGUGAAAUAUUACUACUACUCCGUACAUCCUAAUCCAUCCUAAAUAUUUGUCCUGUUUGCAAAACGAUGACCUGAAAAUGAUAUAAUUUCUGCAAGAAAAAUUCGGAAAACUUUCAAACAUACCCAAUAUCAACGAGUUGUUUUGAUUUAUGAGUUUUUUUUGGAUUUCUUCUUUAAAAAAUAUAUUAUUUUUAAGUCAUUGUUUUGCGUACCGGAUAAACAUUUUGCAUGGGAGGGAGGGAGAAAUAAGAUGUGUUUAAAUUUAGUGUGCAAAUGUGCAUGUAAUAUUAGUGGUGUGUGAUAUGUGAGUAAGUUAGCUUGUGCAUAUAUAGUUGCACAGCUCCAUCGUUAUGAGGUGUGCGAGAGUGUUGCGGUGUCAGAUCUGUCAUUGUGACCUUUGGAUGGUGCCUCUCCGAUCGUUUUUGGAACCAGCGACACACGACGGGUACACGGCGGUUCGGAUGUGUAAUAUUCUGAAAUUUUUAAUAAAUAAAAAUUCCAAAUUAUUAUUCUC